ACGCAUUUAUCGCGCCCCUGAUUACCAUGGCGGCCCAUGCUAGCGAGCUGGAGAUCGCAAAAAAGAAUCUAACAGACGCAAUCGGAGACAACGUCAAGCACUACUGGGCCAACCUGAAGCUGUGGUUCAAGCAGAAGAUCAGCAAGGAGGAGUUCGAUGUGGAGGCGCGUCGUCUGCUGGCGCAGGAGAACGUGCAUGUCCACAAUGAUUUCCUCCUGGCCAUCCUCACGCGGUGCCAGAUCAUCGUCUCCACGCCAGAGGGCACAGGACCUUUACAGUGGCAGGGCAGCUGCUCUUCCAAGCCUGGCAAACCCAAAGUGAAGAAGAAAUUCCCAUCCAGACAAAAAUUUGAUCAUCGGUUCCAGCCGCAGAACCCUCUGAGCGCCGCCCAGCCGUUCAGCCCCAGAGAGGCUGGCAGUGAGGAGGAGGAGCUGCGCCUCAGCGCUCACACCAUGCUGCUGCCCACUCGAGGCCAGCUGGAGGCCCGCAUGAUGGUGACCGCGUUCGAGCUGGGUUUGGACAACGUCACAGACGACGCCAUCAGCACCAUGAUCUACGCCGUGGAGCACCACUUGAAGGAUGUCCUGACCGCCGUGAUCACCCGGAGGAAAGCGUACCGGUUGCGCGACGGCCGCUUCCCCUACGCGUUCGGCAGCGACGCCAUGCCUCAGCCUUACCUGAAGAACAGCCUUGCUGCUUACCACAGUGUGACUGAAUGUCCGCCCUCCAGUGCGUCCCUCCCGGCCGGUCCUCCGCCUCAGGUGUCACCUGACGAGGCUGAGCAGCAGGCCGUUCACCUGUUGGCGUGUUCUGCAGACCGGCCUUCGGCUCCGCUCCCUCCCAUCAACAUGUUUGAUCUGCUGGAAGCGCUGCAGGUCCACCACGCCGUGAUGCCCUCCCACACCAUGUACGCCCUGAACAUGGAGCGCAUCCUGGCCCGCCUGUGGCACCGCCACGAGGAGCUGGAGCAGGACCACGUGCACCGGCAGCGGCUCGCCGCUAAAGAGGGCAUGCUGGUCAGCUGAGAGCGGAGCCGGACCCUGAGGACUGCGGGGAGCCUCCUGGAGCAGUGAAGCGUUAACACCUGUGUGGGUUUACAGCGGAGGGGUCAAGUCUGUAAACUCCACCAGGUGUCGGCCGCUCGUGAACAUGCUGAAUAGGCCUCAUAAUUAUUCCUAAAAUGUUUACUGGUUCCUGGUUUCAGCGCUGGUGGUCCUCGGUUUCUGUACAGAUGAAGCUCGUUUUGUUUUUUUGUCCACAGGAGGCUGAAUGUAUAUACUUUGUAUUUUUUCUACACAGUGUUGAUUAUUUAUAUUGCAAACUGUAGCUCAUAAAGAAUUAAAAAGGUGUUUCGUA